GGGUUCGGCUAAUCUCACCCAGUUCACACUGCUUAUUGGGAACUUUAGACGAUGCCCCACCCAUGUCAACACCCGAUCGCGAGGCUAUGAAACCUCUCCGUAACAAGGGCAUCAUGAGCGGGAAAAAAAAACGGAGCCGGGAAUCGUAUCCCUUACACCUCCAUCCACUCAUCAGGAGACAGCUGUUGUCCCCAAGGGAUGAAUCCCAAAGAAUAACACCACCACCAUGUCUCUACGAGUCCAGAGCCUCAACAGCGAUACGACCUUCGCUUUCACAUUCUCUCAUCCGGCGCUACGGAAGCCAUUCGUACUCCUCUUAGACCCCUGGCUACACUCGAGCCCCUACGUCUACCACCCGCUGUUCUCGAAUCAGAGCCACACGACCCAACCAUGUAUCUCAUCCCUAUCCAAGUUAUCACCAGUUCCAGAUAUGAUCAUCGUUUCGCAGAAAAAAACGGACCAUUGCCACGAGGGGACUUUGAAGGAGCUCGACUGGACCGGCGCAGCAAAGGAGACCCUUCUCUACGCCGCACCAGAUGCAGUGGGGAUAGUUCUAGGGUGGAAGUGGUUCGACCGGAAGCGACUACGGCUUCUCCGGCGCGGAGAGACAGUGAAGGUGGAAUUUCCGAACGAGGAGGGGAAACCUGCAGUCAAAGAACCGGCGGGCUGGCUGGAGUUAUUGCUCAUGGCGCCGAAACGGCUAUGGGAGUUACCAGCGCUACACAAUGCGAUCGGGAUUAAGUGGGUUGUUCCCCGGGAGCUGGGAAAGGGAAACCAAAUAUUUUCGAUACUCUUCAGUCCGCACGGCGCACCCAUCGCAUCUCUACGACCUUGGCUGUCGUCUCUGCCACCGCAACUUCAUAGCCCCAAAAACGAAGCGCACAGGGAAACAACAGCAUCCCCACAGCCGAAACUUUCGCUAUUAAUACAUCCCUUCUGCCGCAUUCAUUCCCUUCUCGGCGGUGAGGUUAUUAGCGGGUUCCCCGGCGGCUUCUCGAUUUGCCAGCAUGCGACGGUGGAUAAUUGGAUCAGUGCUCACGACGAAGUCAAGGACGUUCGAGGAAUUACCGCAGGAUUGUUAAGAUAUCGCCUGUGGGGCGUAGAUGAAGUUGCGAAGGAUUUGAAAGGGGAGGGAAUCGAGGGCGUCAGGGUUAACAUGUUACACGCAGGAGAUGAGGUUUGCAUCGACCUUUAGUAGUAAUAGGGAGUAUUUUUUUUCCGUUUUCUUUUUUAUCGCAAUGUAUCCCUAUGGUUCUGUUUAAAGGAGGACUGCAAGGCUAUUUGCACAAUCUCCCUUCACUAGCCACAAUUGAGUUGGUACUAUUCCUGGUGCCUCGAAUUAUCCUAUUUCUCCCG